UACCUUUUAAUGCUGGUUUUGUUCCUUCACCCUGAAUAGAUGUUGUAGUAGAAAUGUUUCUGUUCUAGUUUUUCUGUUUCCACCUAAAUGAGCUUUCCAACUCAUUUUUAACUUCUUUUUUUAAGAGUUUCUUUAGGUUUUUUAUCCAAAAAAAAAAAGGUUCACAAAAGUAAUUUUUUAUUAGACUAGGGAACAUUUUUAAAAAGAUCCAUAAAAUAAAUUAUGAGCAGUCUCUUCUGUAAACAUAAAUUAGGUAAUGGGAUGUCUGCUUUAUAAACUUCAGCCCUUCCCAUUACCAUGAAAGGAGCACAGACCCUGAACUAAAUAUGGACAUGCACUUUAACAGGAUUUCCAGGAAUGUCCCAGCCUCACAGCGCUCUUUGAUGAAACCAGCCUCUUCCAGUUCGUCACUGGUACCCCUCACUUCAAAUCUGUGAGUUCAAAGCCUUUUGCUCCGGGAUUGAUAUCUCUGAUGCUUCUGCGUUGAUGGGACACUGCAGGACGGCUCAGCCUCUGCGUAUCUGAAAUCUCAAUCCAUUCCACCAGAAAGUCCUUCAGAUCCUGGAUUCAGUUUCACGUCCAGCUUACACAUGUCCAGGCGAAAAGUGAAGGGCCUGACCCAAACCGGCCGUCAGGUCAGCGAGGAUCCGGACCUGGACAAUCUGCUGUCCACCCUCUCCCCUGAGGAAAUUUUGGAGCUGAAUAAGGACUUGAAGAAUGUACCGGACGUCAACCUGGAGGAUGGGAAGAUCCCCGUCCCAGGUGACUGCCAGGCUGCACAGCCGCAUCCGAGCGGCGACGUCAGGGACGGCGGAGGGAAGCUCAGUCAGAGGGAGAAGUCGUCUGAGAGGGACCUAAGAAGAGAGAGCCGGAAGCAGGAAUACCUGAGGAAAAUGGGCCUCAGCCAGGAGGAGAACGGAGACACAAAAGCAGGAGUGAGGAGACAGCCCAGCGUCUCCAACAAAACAGAAAACAACAACAGAAAAGGUGCAGACGCUUAUAAAGAGGAGCUCAGCUGGAGCUCGAGUCGAAGCAGGAGAAGGGAGAGCAGAGAGAGCUCUGUGAACGAGGACGCGGAAAAGGAAAAAGGGAAACACGAAGACAGCAGGUUAAGAAGCAGGACAGAAAACAGGGAGAGCACAGGCAGCAAAACGAAGGACAUGGUCUCCAAGUUGCAGGAGAAAAAGGAAGACGGCAAAGAAAAGGACAGGAGGGAUGACCUCAGGAAAAGAGAUGACAGCAAAACCAAGGACAUUAUCUCGAAGCUUCGAGAGAAAAGCGAGAAGGACGCGGGAAGAGAGAAAGAGAGAAGAUCCGAGAGCAUCAGAACUCAGGGGCUUGUCUCAAAAAUGGUUGAGAAGCAGAGCAAGCCACCGGAAAGGGAGACCCAGGGGAGCAAGAAUCCAAAAGCAGAAGAAAAUGAUGCAGAAGUCAGAAACCAACUCCAGCGCCAACCAUCUGUGAAGGACGAGCUGCAGGUGGAACCGAAUUGUGUGGAUGGGGAAUUCAUGAGUAACCAUAGAGAUGAUGGAGAAGAGGAAGCUCCAAAGACCAACAUGAGGAGGAAAGCAGACGGCGGAGGAGGCAGGGGUGGAAAAGCUGAGGAGAAGGAGAAACCUGGUGAGUGUGCGAUAAAGAACAGCCCAAAGGUGAAGCAAGAGGAGGAAGAGGACGAAGACUCAAGCAUGUUCGAUGAACUGAUGCAGCAGGUUCGAAGCAACGACCCCUCCCUGACCGAGCUCAAUGUCAACAACUCUGAGGUCAUCAAGGCCAAAACGCUGAUGGAGUUCACGGAGGCUCUGCACGACAACACCCAAGUCAAGAUCUUUGCGCUUGCCAACUGCCGUGCAGAUGACCACGUGGCGUACGCCAUCGCCGGCAUGCUGCGCCGCAACAAGACCAUCACCAGCAUCAACCUGGACUCCAACCAUCUCACUGGCAAAGGCAUCCUCUCUCUCAUCCAGUCACUGCAGCACAACUCCACGCUGACCGAGCUCCGCUUUCAGAACCAGCGCCACAUCUGCGGGGGGAAGACGGAGAUGGAGAUGGUCAAGAUCCUCAAAGAAAACACCACUCUGCUCAAGCUGGGCUACCACUUUGAGUUACAGGGACCCAGGAUGACCAUGACCAACAUCCUGAGUCGCAACAUGGACCGACAGAGGCAGAGGCGCCUGCAGGAGCAGAAGCAGGCUCAGGGCAACGGCGAGAAGAAGGGGGCGCUGGAGGUGCCCAAGAUCAUUGGAGGUGGAGGAUCUCUGAGGAGCUCCCCGAAGUCCUCUCCCAAACCAUCUCCCAUCCAUUCUCCUAUGCCUUCACCAAAGUUAACUCCAAGAAAAGGAGCCAGGGGUCCAGCUCCACCACCACCUCCUCCUCCACCUCCUCCUGGGGGUGGGCCCCCACCUCCUCCACCUCCCAUGAUGGACGGAGGCCAUUCAGGCAGGAGCUCAAGGGACCAACUGCUGGCCUCCAUCCGAGGAACCAACAUCAAGCAUCUUAAGAAGGUGCCAGUGCCAAAGUGGCUGAAAUAACUCUGAAGGAGAACAGACAUCUCACUCUGAAGUUUUUUGUUUUUUAUAAGUCGAUAAACUCCACAUUCCUGCAGCUGGCUGGAGAGCUGAACAAUGCGACGGACAGGACGAGAAGGAGAUGGUCGGAUGACCCGCCCUCCUUCUGAGUUCUCCCCUCAAAAACUGGACCAAAAGGACUCUUGGGAGAAUGGGGGGUGUGGGGUCCUGCGUGACACGAGGUUCGGCUGUCUGUGUCUUUUCUGAGGCUUUUUAUUUUUUGCACUAAAAGAUUCUAAGCUGAUCAUAGAACCGAUUGACUUUAAUCACCUGACUGUGUGACAAGCUUCAGUUCAAAUCAUUAGCUUUAAUAAUGUUAAUUUGAUCAUUUCUUAUUUAUUGGUGAGGAAGCAUUUUAUUUUGACUCUGCAAUGCAAAUGUCAGAAUUUCAGAAAAAACAAAAAGUGUUUACAAAAAAAUUCAACUAUCCCUUUGAUUGUGAUUCACAGAAUCUGCUUUCAAACAGCCUGAACGGAUGACAGAAUGCCGUUUUAAACAGCAAACUACUGCCCUUUAGUGUCUGAUAUGAUAUUUUAUUCAGAGCUGUUUCAGCUUAACUGUUUGAUGUUUUUAUCUGGAUGCUAAUUCCGCUUUGUGUCUUAAGUUGGGUGGGACAUUUGAAGACCAUCCUCCUCAUUAUAGUGCCGUGUCAUUAAAAACUGGGAUGAGAGGGACUCGAAGGGUUGUACACCUGCCUUAUCACACCUGUGUUUAUCAGAUUGUCCAAAAUAAAAGAGUCUGACGUGACUGCAAGGAGCA